GCUGUGCUGCUUGAGAGCUGUUGAGCUUGCACUUGCCUUCCUGUGGCCCCGGCCUUGAGAACCUCUUUCUGAUUGCAGCUUGUCCAUGUGACUUUGGUUUCCGUUGCUUGCCUGCUUCCGUGAAUAGUAAAAAAGAAGCAGCAGUGCUUCAGUCGGAGCAGAGGAAGGCAGCUGAACCUCAGAGAACACACUCUGCAACAGCCAGUCAACUAGCGAUAUGGUCAGGGGAUCAACCGUCAGUGGCUUGGGAAAUCCACACCUAACCACCAGCCAGUGAGGAUGUUAAAAUGCCAGUCCACGGCCUCACUCCCAUCCUGCUUUGCUUGUUAACCAUGUGCAGAAUCCUGACGCCGGUCUCAAGUCAUCCACAACACAACCCAUGUCAGCUGAUACAAAGAACGGCUCUCUGCAACAAUCGCAACCUUUCCGCUGUGCCUGAAAGACAGCCAGACAACCUAGAGGAGUUUCAGCUCAACUACAAUCACAUUCAAACACUACGGGACAACUCUCUCCUCCGUUACCCCUCAUUAAACACCCUGAGCUUAGCUUGUAAUAGUUUGGAGAAAUUAGAAUCAAACACUUUUCAAGGCACCAAAUUGUUAGAAAACCUCAAUUUAGCAAAUAACAAUCUUCGUAUUGGCUACCAAGAAACCAGCCUCGCAUUAAAGACUCUUCCCAAGCUCAGAGCUCUGGAUCUCUCUGAGAAUGAGCUUGAUGACGAAAUGGUGGCCACUCUUCUCCAAAAUCUGACGUCCCUGGAGUACCUCAAUCUUUCCGGAAACUUCAUGCAGAGACUGGAUGAGACCUCGUUCAGAGAUCUUUACCAACUCAAAGAACUCAACCUACAGAGAAAUAUGAUGUACGAGCUUGAUGGUGCCUUCGACAGCAAUCCCAAGCUCCAGCGGCUCAACUUGGCCUUCAACUAUCUGCAUUGCCUGACAGACUUCCACAUGACCGAGCUGGUGGUCCUCAACGCUAGCCACAACUUCAUUGAGUGGUUCAUCUCCAGACAAGACCUUAAUGACAUCUUCCAGCUAGAGACACUCGAUCUAUCAGAUAACAAACUGCUCUUCUUUCCCUUCUUGCCCAACCACAGCCACUUGCGGAAUCUUUACCUAUCCCACAACAGCAUUAGCUUUUACCAACACUUGGCAGACAACAGCACAUUCCCAAACUCAACUUCAACUGUUGAGUUCUACAAUAUGCAGGAGAACACAGGCAAUGUGACGGCUCAGCUGUGGGACGAGAGCCUUCACGGUGACAUCUCCUCUCUAGAGAUUUUGGAUCUAAGAGGAAACCAGGUGGAGUACUUUCCUCAAGGUUUCAUCCAGAAAAUGCCUGUCCUGUCUCGACUACAAAUGUGCACGAACUGUCUGGAAACCUUAAAUCUAACAUUGGAACAGUUCUCUGGCAGCCUGUACGAGUUGGACAUUAGCAAUAACAGGCUGAACCAGAUCGUAGCAGAUGGAGGUACGCUGACCACUCUUGGCAAUCUGACAUACUUUAACCUUAGCCUGAACAAUCUUGGGCGGUUACCGUCAGGAUUAUUUUCCUCAUUGCCAAGCCUCAGGUCAGUGGAUCUCAGUUAUAACAAUGUUGACAUUUGCCUUCCUGAGGAACCUAAGAUCAGUACAGACACUAGCUCAGCUUGCGCAUAUUGGAACAACGUUGUAUACCUGAAACAGCUUUACCUCAAGGGAUGCAACCUCAAAAUAAUUCCAUCGUCUACAUUUUCUGGGUUGUCUCUAACGCACUUGGAACUGUCCGACAACCCCGGCCUCAUUGUCCAAGAAUCAAUACAAAGUCUCAGCAGAACGUUACAGCAUCUAGGUUUAGGAAAUACUCAGAUACAAGACUUUGACUUCUCCCAUUUCCAAGCUCUGAAGUCUUUAAACAUUUCAAGGAACUCCCUUGCCCAUCUUCCUUCUUCACUUCUAAAGCUUGACCUGAAAGUGCUGGAUUUGAGGGACAACAGACUGUCCACUAUUUCCUCAGGUCAGGCUAACGCAUUAGCCCCGAAACUGCACACUGUUUUCCUCACAGGAAAUCCGUUUAACUGCUGCCAAACUGAAUGGUUCAGGACAUUUGAAACAACAAAGACAAUCAAUAUGGUCGGACAAUCAGACAUUGAAUGUGAGGAUCUCAUCCAAACAACACACAGAGUGGAGCACUUCCAGCAAUUAUUGUGUUUGGUGAAAGGUGGUGAAUCUAUAAUCUGGUACAUUCUGCUUUUCGUACCCAUCUGUCUUUCUUUUGUGGGCAUUUCAAUUAUUGUUCUCCUCACCUUCAAGCCCAAAAUGCUACAAAAGUCAAUCAAAAAGAAGUGUUUGAAGCCCACAUCUUACUGAAACUUUAUAAACCCUCAACCGAACCAUAUUUUGUAAAGUAUAUUAUUAAGAAAUGUAACUGAAUGUAGGGCUGGGAUAUAUCUCUAUAACAAGAUAAAUCACGUUUUCUGGUAAUUUCAUGAAGAGUCCGUACAAAAUAAUCACAUGGUAAAGCCUAUUUUUGUAUAGAUAGAUAGAUAGAUUUUUUUUUAUUGAUCCCAAAAAAAUGGGAAAUAAUGGUGUUGCAGCAGCAAAAAUAUCAGACACACAGCAUACAUACAGAGUAUACAUUAAUUAAUAGGAAACAAUAUACAUUAAAUAAUAAUUGAAUACUACACAAGCAAUAUUUAAAAUAUAUACAAGAUGGUGAGUAAAAAUUUACAACUGUUUCCCUAGUAAAGAUAGGAUGUAGAUAAACCUAUUGUGCAAGGUUGUGCAAGGUACAUUCAGUGCAGUUGUGAUGUAUAUGAGUCUUAUCUCAUACUCAGUGAUGAAGUGUUGUAUACUCCUGUGUGAAUUAAAUACUUGACAAAUGAGAAAAGACUUUAGUAUUUUAUCAUAUUAUUAAGAACUUUAGUGCAAAAUGAACAUAACAGUUUAAAGAUUUUUUUUCCAGCUAUACACUAUAUAUACAAAUAGUGUGAUGUAAAAACAAAACCGCAAACUUCAAAUGGUGUUCCUUCAAAAUAUUUCACAUCAGAUUUUCUGAGAAAUUUGAGUUAGUAUGUGCUAGAUAUUAUCAAUUUAGACUACGUGAAUAUAUAUCACGUUAUCUCGAGAUAUGAUAUCAUAAUGAUACAAUUACAUUGAAAAACGACAAAUUAUCAUAUUGGAUUAUUGCCCAGCUCUAACUGAAUGUAUGUUGGAAAUAAAUUCAAGUUAUUGUAAAA